CAAGUGAUCCGAUCUAAAACAUAACUAAUUCAUCUCCUCCAUCAAAACCCUAAUUUUACGUCCUUUACCUUUCUAUUAAUCAAUUGCAGUAGAACGUUAUCCCUAUGUUAUACCAAAUUCCGUCUAAACCGAUAGCGUCCCAUCUCCCAUGCACCUGUUUACUUUCUACAUUGGUGACUUAUAGGAUUUCGAUAGAUUUUGGUGCACCUGUAGCUGUUUACUCUUCUGAAUGUUGAUAUAGCUGGUUGAGGUUUAUUACAGCAGAUCUAUGGAAUUGGAAACUAUGGAUGAUUCGAAACAGAAUUGUUGGGCUAAGAUGCCGCCGGAUUUGUUAACGGACGUAUUGAUGAGGAUCGAGGCGGAAUCCAAUUGGCCUCCUCGAAAGGACGUGGUUUCUUAUGCCGGUGUUUGUCGGAGUUGGAGAAAAAUCAUGAAGGAAAUAGUAAAAUGUCCACAACUUUCCGGCAAGCUGACUUUCCCCGACUCAUUAAAGCAGCCUGGUUCAGUGGGCUCUCCAACAGAAUGCUUUAUACUGACGGAUAGGGCUAAUCAAAUAUUUUACUUCUGCCUCCAUAUGACGAAAUCUCCAUAUUAUGAUGGAGAAAUUCCUUCUUGCUGCAAAGAGGGGAGCAGCAGUUGCAUAGGAAUAUUGAGAUCAAAUUUUCUUGGGACCAAAUUCAGAGUUUAUGAUAUAGACCCUCUAAAUGCAGAUGCUGCAACAAAAUGUCCUUCAUCUAUGGGGUCCUAGACAAAUCCGGAGUGAGAUAAAUACAAAUACAAUCAAUGCAAAUUCUUUGUCAUCACCACUCCUUUUCAAAUUAAACGACAAUUCCCAAUCGCAGUCAUUAGAGAGUCAAAAGGAUGUGAAGCUAGUGUUGAAGAACAAGGCGCCUAGGUGGCCCCCAGAACAGAAGUUAUGGUGUUUAAAAUUUAAUGAACGGGUGAGGUUAGCUUCAGUUAACAACUUUCAACUGGUUGCUUGUUUGGAUAACGAAGUUGGAGUGGAGGAACAUGAAAACAUUAUUCUCCAGCUUGGGAAAGUUUAUAUUGAUUACUAUACCGUGGCUUAUCAAUAUCCUAUAUCGGCGUUUCUGGCAUUCGCUAUUUAUCUUAGCAGUUUUGACACCAAGGUUGCUUGUGAAUGACUUUGACUUACAAAUAUAUGGUCAGCAG